CGACUUUUCUUCCCCUUUUUAAACACUUCAAACAUACACAUUCAUUCCCAAACUCCAAGCCCAUACAUCCACAUACACUGCUUAGUAUUAACUAUAGUUUCACCACCAUCUAGCUUUACCAGAAAUGGAGGGUCAGAGAUCAUCACAACGCUGGGGUUACUUGAAAGACAAGGCUAUUAUCUCCAACCUUGAUGAAGAAGAAAUGGAGAAUGGCAUGGAUGGAGAGGAGGAUGAUGAAGACAAAAGGAAGAGAGUGAUGGAAAGAGCUAGAGGUCCCUUACGGCUGUGCCUGGUUGAUAGGUGCACUGCUAACUUAAAUGAGGCUAAGCAGUAUUACCGCAGACACAAAGUCUGUGAAGUUCAUGCAAAGGCAUCUUCUGCAACUGUUGCAGGAGUCAAGCAACGUUUUUGUCAACAAUGCAGCAGGUUUCACGAGCUACCAGAGUUUGAUGAAACUAAAAGAAGUUGCCGGAGGCGCUUAGCUGGACACAAUGAGAGGAGGAGGAAAAUUUCUGGUGACAGUUUAGGAGAAGGUUCAAGCCGGAGAGGGUUUACCUUGACCCAGCCUCAAGAAAGAAACAGGAUAGAGAUGAAACUUCCUAUGACCAGCUCAUCGUUCAAGAGACCACAGAUCAGAUAAACAAUGUCAACACACCCAACCGCUCUCUCUCUUCUGUCAUCUACUUAUGUUUUUAUAUCUACUUUCUCUAAUUAUCCAAAUAAUGACAUCUAACCAUGUCAAGAAAAGUGAAUGGUGGUAUUCUCCUACACCUAUAUAUUACCACAAAAACUCUAGUAUCCACAACAAGUGUAGAAGACUUUGUCAUACUCGUGUCUAAUUAUGUUUAGUACUCUUGUAUGUUUCAAGAAAUGACUAUGUUAUGUUCUUUUACUCUCAA